AUGUUUUUUACUGCUGAUAAGCGGUUUCAUCGACAACGGAGACGUAUCAUAUCGCCUGCAUUUUCAGUCAAGUACCUGAACUCUCUUGAAAUUUACAUGCUCUCAGCGAACGAAGCAUUCGUUCAGCGUAUUGAUAAAGACAUUAAACGAACCAAUAAUUUAACUACGGGAGGCUAUGGUGAGGUGGAUAUUUGGAAACUUUUGAACUAUCUAAUUCUCGACAUAAUCGGCGAAACAGCUUUUGGGCAGACAUUCGAACUACUUGAGAAGGACAAUGACCAUAUUGUUCCGCGUACAGUUUCGCGGACAAUCGAGACGAUCUCAUAUUUUAUGGAAAAGAUUAUCAUGGACCGAUUGCAGGGUGGUGAAAAAGCGCGUCGUAACGAUAUUCUUCAAAUUCUCAUCGACAGCCAAAAAUCAACAAAUAAGCACGACCGACUUACUGUAGAUGCGAUUGCUCAAGAAACCAUUAUCUUUCUUGUUGCCGGCUCCGAGACCACGAGCAAUACGAUCGGAUUUGCAUUGAUUGAGCUAUUACGGAAUCCUCACGCUUUUGUUGCAUUGCGCAAAGAGAUCGAUAGUGUACAACAACAAUCCGAUGGCUCUGCUGCUCUGGGAACGCUGCUAUGUCACAAGGAGCUGAAGAGUUUGCCUUAUUUAAAUGCUGUAAUUUAUGAGUCCAUGCGUCUUAACUUCAUUGCUCCCAGUGGCAUGGAGCGCAGAGCGGAUAAGGAUAUGGUCUUAGGUGGCCGUGUUUUUGUACCGCAAGGGACCUUUAUACAAUGCAAUCCUUACGGUGCUCAACGUGACCCAGGCUAUUGGCCUGAGCCAUCGAAAUUUAAACCUGAACGUUGGAUUAAUGGGUCUGAUGCUCCUGCAGAUCACGAAGCUUUCUUUCCUUUCAGUACAGGAUCAAGAAAAUGCAUUGGCAAUACGUUCGCUUUACACGAAAUGCUAAUCACCCUUGCAAACCUUGUGAAACUUUACGAUUUCAGAGCGAUCCCUGCAGAACUUGAGGCAUCAAACGAAAGACGUGCCUUUGUAACACUGACUUUGAAAAACAGAAGCUUCAAAGUUCAGAUGAAGCGUAGAUAG